AUGGAUUCUUUAUCUGUAGCUUUAUUUAAGAAAAAGCAAUAAAAAGAAAUAUAAUAGGCUCUUUUAUAUGAAAGACAAAUCCGUGAAAAAGAACUUUAAAAAAGCUAACUUGUUCUUCGAUCUUGUGAAAGAAUGUAAUUAAUUACUGAUAGAUAAUUACAAAAAUUGAAAUAAAGCUAAUUGUCUUCAGUCAAACAUCAAUAAAAUGAGCAUAGAUUUAAAUCCUAAGAGAGUGAUACAAUUUAUACUAGGUAAUAUGGUCUUUUGCAUUUUUAGACCUAAAAUAGAGCUUGAGUAAGAAGCUUACGACAGAUGGAUUUCUAAUCAAAAAAGAUAAUUAAGAAGAAUUGAAACAGAAAAAUUGAAAAAGUAUGAAGAGAAGGUUGAUAGAGCAGAAAGAAUAAAGAACAUGAAAGAAUAAGACCAUAAAAAUAAAUAAAAAUUACGUAUAGAAACAACUAUCUAAAAAGAGAAAAUUCAUGAUGAAUACACAUAUAGGCUUCAUGUAAAUAUUCCAAUAUAGCAUUUUAAUUUAGAAAUUGCAGAAAAAAGAAUACGCAAAGUAAAUAAAAUUUGUUUGACC